UUAACAGUCCCCAGUUGAUGUACAUAAAUAAAAAAUAAAAGCAAAAAAAAAAAAUUAUAAGUUACAAUCAAACCUAUGUAUAAUCUACCGAUAACAGCGCCCCAGCCGCCAAAAGGGGCCAUUCCGGGUUUGAAGAAUUUUGGCCCGAAUUUAACCCAUCCUCUGCUCACGCAGGCGCCCUUCAAGCCCCAUUAGCAAGUAUUUCGACCAAAUGUCAUAAAGUUCUAAGGUAAACCAAAAUUCUAAGGCGUUAAUAUUGGGCUGCAGUUCACAAAUCUAAAUUUACCAUGUGGCAGCCAGACAUUCCCAGUUGGUGUUAUUAUAAUUCCAUGUCGAUGCCUGAUCCCAAUGCACAAUUCGUGAAUACACUCUAUCCACAGCAACAGCAGCAGCAAGCAUUUGUGUCACCAGGAUCUUCCAGGCAACCAACUUAUGCCUAUGCGCCCCAAUUGCAGCCAACACAGCCGAGACCUACAUCCCAUUAUUAUGGCCUGUCGCAGACGCAGCCCGUUAACAAUUUCUUAAAUUCCUACAACUCGUUCAACUCCACCAACACGGCCCAGAUGCAGGCACAGGCUGUAUCCUUGGCUCGGGCUCAGCAGCAGGCCUGGAUUGAUUAUCCGGCACAGAAGCCUCCGCAGAGCUUCAACUAUUGGUAUCAGAACCAGGAAAAUUUAAGUAUCUUGGCACCGCAGUCCUUUUGUGAGACUAAACCAAUUAUAAGUCUGGAGGAUGGGUCCCUAGCAUGCCAGCAGCAAGGAUCGCAUUCAAGCGCCCUCUCAUGCUAUCCAGCUGGCAAUCGGCAAGGAAUUCAAUAUUUUUCGCAUCACAGCAGCGGAAGUCUCAAUCGUAUUGAUAGCGUCUCCAGCUUUAAGAACCAACAGGGCCUGCGCAUUCGCAAUUCUGAACAGGAUUUAGUCGAGUAUCGUCGCAUAGCCGCACGCAAGCUGAAAUCAGUCGAAAAACAAGAAGUGUCUGGGCUGCGGGCUCCGCAGGAACUGCAAAUUAGGGAGAUCGAACAGAAGUGUAGCCUGGUGAAUGAGAACUAUCAAGUGGAGAUCAGGCCGAAAGCGCCGCUGGCACAAAAUGUAGUUGUCGAAGGGCCGCUGGAAAGCAGAGACAAUGGUUUCUUCAAAAAACUUGGACUGUUUAAGGAGCCGCUUUUGCGUAGACAACAGAAACCCGCACAGCUACACACAAACUCGAAUUGCUGUGAUCAGAAUUGCGAUCCGAGCAGCUCACAGGCUGCAAUUGAACGUCCACGCAAGAAACGAAACUUUUGGAAACGCCUCUUUGGCGGCAUGCAUUAUCCCUCGAAUGUCGAUUUACGUGUCCUUAUGGAGCAGGAUCAGCUCGAGGCGAUAGAAUUCGGCAAACGGUAGAAAAAUACACAGACUCAAUAUCAGCUUCCGAUAUAUGUAAUAUUCUUUUCAUAAUAUAAAAAAAAAAUACUCCA